AUGAUCUUUCAUUUUAUGGACUCCUAUGACCUCCUUUCCAAAUACCGAUUACACACACCCGCAGAGGUACUGAAACGGAAUCAUGUAUCCCGAGGCGAGGUCAUGCGAGAUGUGAUAUUACAGCAGAUUAUCCAAUCGGUUGUUGGCUGGGUGAUCAGCUUGUCCGAAGGAAUUGAAAUGAGGGGAGGCGAGUGGUGGGAGAUCUUGAACUUGUACUCAAAGUUCUUGCAAACAGAGCGAUGGGUUACUGGUGUUCUCCAGAUGGUCGGAAUCAAUACAGCCGGAUUGGAGCAGAAGGUUAUUGCGGGAAUCACAGCUAUCGGAGCGGACAAUCUCUUGGAAGGCGCGGUGCAAUUUAUGGGACUGGAGCCGACAGAUAACGGGAAUUGGAGAUACAAACUUGUCGAGAUCGCGUACUGGUACAUCUUCCCUGCUGCCCGCAUGUGGUUCGCCAUCUUUGUCCUCGACACAUGGCAAUAUUUCUUGCACAGGCUCAUGCACGAGUCGAAAUGGCUUUAUAAAACAUUCCACUCACGACACCACCGCCUCUAUGUGCCUUACGCGUUUGGUGCGCUCUACAACCAUCCAUUCGAGGGUCUUCUGAUGGACACGCUCGGUGCCGGCAUUGCUUUCAAGAUGUCCGGCCUGAAAGUGCGCGGUGGCGUGUUUUUCUUCACAUUUUCGACCAUGAAGACGGUCGAUGAUCACUGCGGAUACUCCCUCCCGUUCGAUCCCCUGCAGUACAUUUUCUGGAAUAAUGCCAGUUAUCAUGAUAUUCACCACCAAGGCUGGGGCAUCAAGACAAACUUCUCGCAACCGUUCUUUAUUUGCUGGGACCGCUGGCUCGGAACCCAAUGGACAGGCGGCGACGUUUCAUCACGAUACCAAGCAUCUCGCGAAAGGGCGGCAACGGCAUUAUCAAGAGAUGGGCUGAAAGACGAAAUGUCGAAGAUGGUAAACGGCUCGUCAUCAUCUUACGCCAACGGAAGUACGAACGGCUACACGAACGGUGGACUGAAGCCAAGAAUACCCAACGGAAAGCCGAGAAUGCAAGCCGAAGAAUCCAGGCGACAAGUCCUUGAAGACGAGGGCGCAAAUGUACUAUAUGAGGAGGAUCGAGAGGAGCGAGAAGUGGAGGCACAGAUGGAGCGAGAGCGAAGAGAUCGGUGGAAUGAUGGCGAGGCGUGGUAA